UGGAAGAGUCGGUUGACAAGAAGCGUGCGUGCGAGUGGAUUUACGAGGUCUUCGGAGUAUAAUAUAUGUGUAUAACUGUUGUGUGUGAAAUAAAGUGAAUUAUUUGAAUUUCCGAAUCCCUCCUAUAUCUUUACGAUAUAUUAUUGCAUUAAUUGAAGCAAGAUGAAGUUUGCAGAACAUCUGUCUGCUCACAUUACGCCUGAAUGGCGUAAGCAAUACAUAAGCUACGAGGAAAUGAAGGCAAUGCUCUAUACUGCUGUAGAAGAAGCACCGUCAGCUGAAAGUGUUGUUCGUGAUAUUUCGAUCGCACCGAUAGAAAGUUCUGAUCAAACGCAAAUUUUGCGUAUGAUGGGUGAAGAAGAAAAUGGUGUACUCAAUAGAGGUAAACGUAAAGUUGGUGGUAAACGACAAGCUACUAGUAAAGAAGACAAACGGGCAUUGCUGAAAGAAGAAACAGUUGAUAUAGAUAUAUCAAAUGCCAGUUAAAAAUAGUUCAAUUGUUUUAUUAUCAGAACCUACGCAAAGCAAUAUUAUUCCAAAUUUAAUGUAAUUUUUAUAUAGGCAAUAGUUUGCAAGAAAGAGUGCAGGUCGUACUUUAUGAACAAUUAAUAUUUCCUUUGUGCAUCAAAAUUGAAGAUUGUGAGGCUGAACUGAACAAGUGCCUUGUAUAUAUCCUGUUUAUUAAACUAUGAAUUUGAUAACUUAGUGUAAAGAUAUAGAAGGGAUUCGGAAAUUCAAAUAGUUCACUUUAUUCAACACACAACAGUUAUACACAUAUGUUAUACUCUGAAGACCUCGUAAACCUACUCGCACGCUCGCUUGUUGUCAACCGACUCUUCCAGAUGCUUCUUAACGAUUGCUUAUCGGAUUUACAUGAUUUGUCGAAUUACUUAAUAGAACCUUUAAACCUUAUUACUUUAUUUACAUUCCUCUUAGUUUACAUUCAUCCAUGACCUAAACCUUUCAAAUUUCUCUCUACACAGUGCCUUCGUAAAAAUAUCCGCAGUAUUUUCGCCUGUACUUACUUUAAUUAUAUUUAUCUUGUUUUCCUCUAAGCACUCGUGAA